AUGGCGCCCAGUUUCGAUACCCUGUCCGAGCAGGAUCUCCACGAAGAGGAGGAGGAGGAGAUUGACUUCUCCGAUCUCAAGGAGCAGUUUGAAGUGAAGCUCGAGGAGGGCUUGGAUACAUUUAUCGUCAUCGAUGGACUCCCGAUCGUGCCGGAAGAGAGCAGACAGAAGCUUAUCAAAUUCUUGCUGAGGAAACUCAACGCGGUCGGCCACACCUCCGAAGAUGCCGUUUUCAUGCCAACCAACGACAAGAACAUGUCCGAAGGUUUCGCCUUUGUCGAAUAUGAAACCCCCGAACAAGCCAUUGCCGCAGUCAAGCAGCUGCACGGAACACCUCUCGACAAGAAGCACACCCUUGCCGUGAACAAAUUGAUGGAUAUUGAUCGCUAUGGUCGUGAAGGACGCAUCGAUGAGGAAUAUAAGCCCCCAACUGUCGAACCUUUCAAGGAGAAGGAGCACCUCCGCUCAUGGUUGUCCGACCCCAACGCCCGUGACCAGUUCGCCCUCUACCGUAAUGACAAAGUUGGCGUGUUCUGGAACAACAAGAACAAUCCGCCAGAGAACGUCGUCGAUCGUGCUCAUUGGACACAGCUCUUCGUUCAGUGGUCCCCCAAGGGUACAUACCUUGCAUCCGUCCACCCCCAGGGCGUGCAGCUCUGGGGCGGUCCUGCUUUCUCGAAACAGAAGCAGUUCCCCCAUCCGUUUGUUCAGCUCGUCGAGUUCUCGCCAGGUGAGAGCUACUUGACCACCUGGUCUUCCCGCCCCAUUCAGGUUGAAGAGGGUCACCCUGUCUUGUCCUUCGAAGAGGAUGGAAAGAACAUUAUCGUUUGGGAUAUCGUCUCUGGAAAGCCUCUGCGUUCCUUCGUUUCUCAUGAUCUCGCCGGCGGCCCUGUUGAGGGCGAUGCUGCCCCGAAGAAGAAGGUGCAGUGGCCCGCUUUCAAGUGGUCCGCUGAUGAGAAGUACGUCGCAAGAAUGCUCCAGGGCCAGUCUAUCUCUAUCUACGAGUUGCCUCGGAUGAACUUGCUGGGUAAGACUUCCGUUAAAAUUGAUGGAGUCAUGGACUUCGAAUGGUCGCCAGCAACAGUUACCCGUGAUGGUGUCAAGCAAUAUGAACAACUCCUCUCCUUCUGGACUCCUGAAAUUGGUAGCAAUCCCGCAAGAGUCGCCUUGAUGAGCGUUCCAUCUAAGGAGAUUGUACGAACCCGUAACCUGUUCAACGUCUCUGAUGUGAAGCUGCACUGGCAGUCUCAAGGUACCUACGUUUGUGUCAAGGUUGAUCGUCACUCCAAGUCCAAGAAAUCGAUGGCUACCAACCUUGAGAUUUUCCGGGUGCGCGAGAAGGGUGUUCCUGUUGAAGUUGUGGACAGUCUCAAAGACACCGUGAUCAACUUUGCAUGGGAACCCAACGGUGGACGUUUUGUCCUGAUCACUACGGGUGAAGCCCCCAGCGGUGCUGCUGUUCUCCCCAAGACCUCUGUAUCUUUCUUCGCUCCUGAAAAGAAGGGCCCCCAGGCUGGUAACUUCAAGCUUGUGCGCACCAUCGAGAAGAAGACGAGCAACGCUAUCUACUGGUCCCCCAAGGGCCGUUUCGUCGUUGUCGCCACAGUUCACUCUCAAUCGAACUUCGAUUUGGACUUCUGGGAUAUGGACUUUGAGGGUGAAAAGGCUGAGGGUGAGAAGGAUCUGGCCGCCAACCUCCAAUUGAUGAAGACCGUGGAGCACUACGGUGUCACAGAUAUCGACUGGGAUCCUACAGGUCGCUACGUUGUUAGCAGUGCUAGUGUGUGGACUCAUUCGAUGGAAAACGGCUGGAACAUUCACACUUUCGCCGGUCAGACCCUCGCUGAGCACCCUACCGAUAAAUUCAAGCAGUUCGUUUGGCGUCCUCGCCCACCCACUCUUCUUAGCAAGGAGGAGCAGAAGCAAGUGCGCAAGAACCUCCGUGAGUACUCCAAGGAGUUCGACGAGGAAGACAAGUAUGCUGUCGACAUUGCCAACACCGCCGUUGUCGAGACGCGCAAGCGCGUUCUCAACGAGUGGGUUGCCUGGCUCCGCCGGGAGAAGGAGCUCAUGGCCGAGGAGAAGGAUGCGUACGGUAUCCCCGAAGAUGCAGACGAUGCCAAGGUUGCCAAGGACGCUCCCCCUGUCUCCGAGGACCAGGGCGAGGCCGUUGUCGAAGAGAUUGUGGAAGAGAUUGUGGAGGAGAACGAGGAAGUUAUCGGUUGA